AUGCCUACAACCCGAGCGCACAAGCCCGCAUAUGGGCGUCGGCUCAUGAUGAACAUCAUUGAGGAACGGGCCUCCAAGGAGCCGAACCGACCGUGGAUCCUGGUUCCUCGGACGUCCGAUCCCAAGGAUGGAUGGAAGAAUAUAACGUAUGGAGGGGGCGCCAAGGCGAUUAAUCGCGUCGCUCACAGGGUUUUGGACAUGGCUGGUCAGCCGCAACCCGGAGAGUUCCCCACCAUCGCGUAUAUUGGGCCAAAUGAUAUUCGCUACAUCAUAUUCAUGUUUGGAGCCAUCAAGGCUGGAUGCCAGGCGUUGUUCAUCCCACCUAGGAAUUCGCAUGAGGGACAGAUGAAUUUGUUCGAGAAAACAAACUGCAAUGUCAUCUGCUUCGACGUUGGCUUCAAAGCAACAGUUCAGCCGUGGCUACAAGAACGAGACAUGAAAGCCAUCAUGGCUACCUCGGUAGAUCAAUGGUUCCCAAGCGAGGAUAUCCCAGUUUUCCCGUACAAGAGGAACUUUGAUGAGGGCAGGUGGGAUCCCUUCGUCAUCCUUCACAUGAGCGGGAGUACGGGACUCCCUAAGCCCAUCAUUUGUCGUCAGGGAAUGCUUGCGAUUAGCGAUGCGUGCCAUGAACUGCCAGAGUGGAAUGGAACGAGGAUGUGGUUGCAAGCUUGGUCGGAUGUCUGCAACCUAUUCUAUGUUCCGACUUCCAAGGCCGAUGCUGUUCUGCUCCCGCCUAUCAUUCUUGAGGAGAUCAGUCAAUCAGCAGAGAGCACCAAAGCACUCGCCAAGGCCAAGAUGGUGGCUCUUGUUGGUGGAAAUCUUGCCCAAGAGCCUGGUGAUAAGCUUGUCCAAAACGGGGUCAGGUUCACUCCGUUCCCAAUUUAUAAGCAGCCAGACCCAAAGAUGUGGCAUUGGUUCAUCGUCAACUCCGAGAUAUUCGGCUGCGAAUGGCGCCCGACCUCGUCAAACCCAAACGUUUUCGAGCAGGUCAUCGUUCGUAAGAGCAAGGAUCCGGGCUUACAAGGGUUCUUUUACACAUUCCCCGAGCUGCAGGAAUACAGCACCAAGGACUUGUACAAGAAACAUCCGACUCUUCCGGACACCUGGCUGUACCAGGGCCGUGCCGAUGACAUUAUUGUCUUUUCCAACGGCGAGAAGCUCAACCCCGUUAGCAUCGAAGGCAUCGUCAUGGGCCAUCCGGACGUCAAAGGAGCCAUCGUCGUUGGGACAAACAAGUUUCAACCUGCCCUGAUCAUUGAGCCUCGAAAAUUCCCGCGGACGGGUGCAGAAGCUAAGGAGUUGAUCGACUCGGUCUGGCCAUCGGUCGUGAAGGCUAACCUCGAAACUGUUGCACAUGGCCAAAUCGGCCGUCAAUUCGUCGCCUUAUCUAAUCCGAAGAAGCCCUUUAUGAGAACGGAAAAGGGCAGCAUUCGAAGACCCGACACGUUGAAGUUGUACAAAGACGAAAUUGAUGUGAUUUAUGACAAGGCUGGGCAGAAUGUUCCUGUCGAAGGUGUUAAGAUUGAUCUCAGCUCCGAAGAUGCCUUGACCCGCUCUUUGAUCGAGCUGUUCAAUACGGGCUCGAUGUUACUCAAGCCUGAUACCGACUUCUUCCAGGCCGGUGUCGACUCGAUGCAAGUCAUCUAUGCCUCCCGAUUGCUUCGAUCUGCAUUCAAGGCCGCUGGUAUUAAUGUUGCGGCCGCGGCGGUUGCAACCCGUGUCAUCUAUGGGAACCCGACACCCCGAAAACUUGGCCGAUACCUGUAUUCCUUGGUUAGCAGUGGUCAAAACGAGGAGCGGAAGCUAGAGCACGAGGCCAAUGCUAUGCAAGCGCUACUCGACAAGUAUACCAGAGACCUACCUCCGAUGACUACCGGGAAACCUCCGCCGGAAAACAACCACCAGACAAUCUUGCUCACUGGCUCCACCGGCGCCCUGGGAUCCUACUUGCUGGACUACAUGUGUCGCUGCCCUAACGUGAAGCGGGUCAUUUGCCUAAAUCGUGCGGAAAAUGACCGUGAGAGACAGACGGAAGUGAGUUCGGUCCGUGGACUAUCGACGAACUUUGACAAGGUCGAUUUCCUGCGCGCAGACAUGGGUCGAUCUGAUCUUGGGUUGCGCGCCAAGGACUAUGAUCGGAUCCGGGAUUCCGUUGACCGCAUAAUCCACAACCAGUGGCCCGUCAACUUCAACAUGCCGGUAGAAUCCUUCGAGCCGCAUAUACGAGGAGUGCGUCACCUCGUGGACUUGAGUGCCAAGGCACGCAAGCAGGUCUUGAUUACGUUUAUCUCUUCCAUUGGCUCUGUGGAUGGGUGGAAAGAGCCCUAUCCGGGGCCGGAGAAGUCCAUCAAGGACUUCUCUAUCAGCUCAACCGGGUACGGAAUGUCCAAGCAUGUCAGUAGUCUUCUGCUAGAGAAGGCGACGGAGAAAUCUGGAAUUCCCACCGAGGUGAUUCGUGUCGGCCAGAUUGGAGGUCCGGAGUCUAAUGAGGGAAUGUGGAACAAGCACGAGUGGCUUCCUUCCAUCAUUGCGAGCUCCGCUUACCUAGGGAUGCUGCCCAAGGACUUGGGCACCAUGGAUACCGUCGAUUGGACGCCUAUCGAAGGCAUUGCGAAUAUGAUUCUUGAACUGUCAGGAAUCAAUAAGCCAGUGCCACUUAAGGAAGCGAAUGGAUACUUCCAUGGCGUCAAUCCUUCGGUCACAAAAUGGGGCAGCCUCGCGCCGGCCGUCAAAGAAUUUUAUGGUGAUCGAAUCAAGAGACUCGUACCGUUCUCGGAAUGGAUCGAUGCAUUGGAGAAGAGCCAGGAGAAAUCAGAAGAUGUUACCAAGAAUCCUGCCGUCAAGCUCCUUGACUCGUAUCGGAGAAUGCGCGGAGAAGGCACUGCCGAGCAGCGCCAUGUAGACAUGGAUACGUCGAGGACGACAAGAUGCAGCAAGACGAUGAGGAACAUGGGGCCCGUCACCCCGGAUCUGAUGAAACAUUGGUGUGGCCAAUGGGGAUUUUAA